AUGGCCUCCGAACCCACCACACCUGUGCGCGUAUCAAAAAGCGCCGCAAACUACACACCCACAACCCAAGAUGCGGAUUUGCGCUCGCAGAUAAAUUCUAUAUUAUUAAAAGAUGGCCAUGUUGCUAAAAUCCAAGAAACCCUACUCCACUCCCUCCACUCCUCUCCCACAAACUGGCCAACCCUAAUCCAAAACCACGCGCUUUCCCUCAUGCGUUCGGGACACUACACUACAUUCCCGCUACUGAUCGCCAAAGUACUUGAAGACAUCCGUGCCGAUACAAUUGCACUUACUUCAUCCGACCCCUCUAACUCAUCCCCUCACGCCUCCACCAACGGAUCUUCAGACAGAAAGGAAAAGGAAGCAAAAGAAAAAGAUGCCGCGCCCAAAGGAAGAGGUGAAAGAGGACAAAGUCUCGCGUUGCCGAAAAGUGUCGUGGAUGAAGGUGUGAGGAUCACGAGGGAAUCAUUAGAAGCUGUUUGUGAGGUUGUGGAGUGA